CGAUGGGAGCUUAUUGGGUGAUCUACUUUGUGAUGGUUUAGAUUCCUGAUCUCGGUUCCCGAAGCUCGCCCAAUCGCUUUCUCUGGAGGAAUGCAGCUUUGUUCGGUUGGGGUGGUUUAUGGCUUGCUGUAGUCCUUUUCUGCUUCAGUUCUUCGUACUCCGGGGUAGGGCCGUAGGGGUGAUAUAUUGUUGGCUUUGGGGAGGAAUCUGGUGUUUUAUUGUGCAGAUCUUUGAAAUUUGGAUUCGAAUUGGGGGUUGGGAGUGAUUUUGUAUAAAAUUUUGUGCCUUUUUCUUUGUUCUCUCUUAUUUCCUUAUCUUUCUGAAAAAAAUGUACGCUUUUUACAGCUAGAUUCCCUCAGAGAGUACGUCAUUCUCUUGGAUCAUGGUUUAUUUUUUCAAAAAAUACUGGUCUUUAUAAAUUCGCUGUGUCAGUUUUCUUUCUUUCCGUAUCUCCGUCUUUUUGAAUCCUUGGUUAUUCCUUUUUUCCUCCUUUUUCAUUCGCUUUCUCUCGUCCUCCCCCACCCUCCCAAUCGAAUCUAGGGUUUCAUGUGUCAUUGCUUGUCUUUUUUGAGGAUGAGACUUUUAUAAAGAACCUUUUUUAUGGGUUCUAAUUACGAAAAUUUUAUCAACAAUUAAUUGUUUCUGUGCCAAUUUUGGUAAAAAGAUAAGCUAAAGUAGCAUCAUUAUUGAAGUAUAGAUUGCACAAGGAAUGGGAUUAGGGUGUCAAUUAUAGGUCUUGUAAUGCUCUGUUUAGUAAAAUUAAUCCAAAGAAGUCCUCCUUUGCUGCAGUAAUAUUAUCUCUCUUACGUUUUAAAGGCGGAAUUUCUGGCUAUAAGUAUGCCAACUUUGCAUUCUCAUCCUGCGUAAUUCUGUAGUUCCUAAUGUUAGUUUAUUUGUACUCUUGUAGCUUGAGGCUUGAGGGGGGGCUGUUUAUCUCAUACAUCUGAAAUGUUCCGGUUGACAGCCCUGGUGCUCGGAUGAGCGAGUUUCAGAAGCAGAAGGUGCAGGAUCGUCAGAAGCCCUUCCCGGGUUGUAUGGGAAGGAUGAUUAACAUGUUCGACUUGAAUGCUGGCAUGGCUGGGGCUAACCUGCUAACUGAUAAAGCUCAUAGAGAUGGUUCUCCAGUUCACAGAAACCAAUCUGAUGUUAAGAAAGCCAUGGAUUCAACUGGAGUUUAUGUAGAUGACAAACAAACUGCAUUGCAGAUAGCUAGCAAUUUGAGCAAGAGUUCUUCAAGCAAGAGACCAGGUGGAACACCUGUGAAAAUGCUAAUGGCACAGGAGAUGUCGAGAGAAACAGAGAUGAAGCGGAAGCCACCUAGUGUCGUUGCUAGAUUAAUGGGUCUUGAUGAUGAUCUGCCAGUUCAGAAACAUGUAUUAGUUGCAAACAAAGGGAACUCACAAGAUGGCUAUUCAAAUACUACCUCAACAGGAUCAUUUCGGGGUUGCCGGCAGCUGGAAGAUGACUAUUUUAACAAGCCAAUGCCACGUGAGAGUGCCCAUGGAAAGACGGAAUAUAAGGAUGUAUACGAAGUCUGGCAACAACCAUCAAGAACCAGCCGCAUCAAGGAUCAACAUCAACAGAAUGGAAGAUGUAACAAAGACCAAAAUGAGAAACGAAUUGCUCUUGUUCAUCAGAAAUUCAUGGAAGCUAAACGUCUAGCUAUAGAUGAAGAACUUCUUCAGUCCAAGGAGUUUCGAGAUGCCCUUGAGGUUCUGAGUUCAAACAAAGAUUUAUUCAUCAAAUUUCUAGAAGAACCGAAUUCCCUCUUCUCAAAGAAAAUAAGAGAGCUGUAUAUGGUUCCUCCAGCACCACAGACAAAAUGCAUUACUAUAUUAAAGCCGUCAAAAACAGUCGAGACAAAAGGUGAAAAACUGCUGAAAAGACAGCAAUAUCCAACAGUUCACAAAGGUAGAUGGGAGACAGUCAAGCCUUAUUGGAGCAAUAGCUUCACCAAUUCAAAGACCGAAAGCUUAUCUCAGCCAACAAGGAUAGUGGUCUUAAAGCCUAGCCCUGGAAAGCCCUGUGACAUGAAGAUGAAGGCAAACCCCCUUAUCACUUCUACUGAACUGCUCCAACAGAAUGAUGUUUAUGAAAGUCUUGGGGAUAAUGAAGCCGUAGGUCCAAGAGAAGUAGCCAAGGAGAUCACUUGGCAGAUGCAAGAGAGUCUGAGUUGCCACCGGAGGGAUGAAUCUUUCUUAUCUUCAGUCCACUCAAAUGGAUAUGUUGGAGAUGAGAGCUCAUUCUAUAAAUCAGAAAAUGAGUACAUGGAAGAUGAGUGUGGUAGCAUUAGUGACUCCGAGACUGUGACUCCAACUUCACGAUAUUCAUGGGAUUACACUAACAGAUUUAGCAGUCCUUACUCGGCCUCAUCUUUUAGCCGGGCAUCCUGUUCACCUGAGUCUUCGGUGAUUAGGGAAGCAAAGAAACGGCUUUCAGAGAGGUUGGCUUUGGUGGCAUCUAAUGAAACAGGUCAAGAACAAAUACAAAUGCCUGGGAGCUUGAGCACUUUGGGUGAGAUCCUUGCCAUUCCUGGGGUGAAGAAAGAAGAAGGUGGUGAUGGAGGGCUUACAGUUACGAAUAGCAGGUCAUGUGGAGGAGAAGAUGAAUUGAGGGCACAGGCAGCCUGCUUAUCCAUUGGUAGGACAAAAGUUGCAGAUGGGCAGUGCUCCCCCCAGACUUUAUCAAGGUCAAAAUCUGUCCCAGUCUCAUCUUCAGUUUAUGAAAGCAUUCGGUUGAGUGUCAAAGCUUCUGACUCUGAGAUUCAUAAACCUAUGGUUGCAAAGCCUAAGAACGGGAAAUCGUCUUUCAGGGCAAAAUUUUCAAGUUUUUUCUUCUCUAAGAGUAAGAAAGCAAGCAGAGAGAAACCUGUUCCUUCCCCCUCGGUGGGCUCUGAUGAUAUAUUCCAGACUGGUGAUGCUGAGACAAUCAUUGAUAAAAAUGAUGAUUCAUCAAAAUCAGUUCAUAAUAGAUCACUCAUGGAAUGUCCACCGGUAAAUUUAGAUGAAAAAUCUGCCUGUUCUGCCUCAGCAACGCCGGCCAGCAAUGGAUCCAAACAAGGCUCUUUCUCUUUUAAGGCUACUAUUUCUCAUGACGAACCAAGGACUUUUGAUAAUUUGAGUGAGAACCAGGACAAGUUCAGGUCCUCCAAAAAUUCAGAUACUAAGCAUGAUCAGCCCAGCCCCACUUCAGUUCUAGAUGCUCCUCUUGAAGAUGAUGCCAAUGAUGAUGUGCUCCAGACAUCUGAUAGUGCCAAUGCUGGACAACAAUUGUCUAGGUCUCCAGCAAUUGAGUCGGUCACCCGUUCAUUAUCAUGGGAUGACGUCCACCAGAAAACAUCAUCACCAAAUUCCUCAAAACUGUAUAGGGCUUUGUCCAAGGCAGAUGUCGAAGGACAAGAACUAGUUAUGUUUGUCCAGAAGUUAUUGUCAUCUGCUGGCCUAGAUAGUGAAAAGUCUGACAUGGUUUUUUCUAGAUGGUAUUCGGUGGACAGCCCCUUAAAUCCUAUAUUGCUUGAUAAGUUCUUGGAUCAGAAAGAGGAAGAGGCUAAGUCCAGGGAGAGGAGAUCAAAUCAGAGGCUCUUGUUCGACUGGGUGAAUGCAGCAUUGUUAGAAAUUGGUCAGGCCACCUUACUGAAUGCAUACCCAUGGAAGGGUCCUUACCAUCAUCCCCAGAAGGAUACUUCACCUGAUACUCCAUAUGGCGUUGAAGUAUGGGGUCUCAUUAGGAAUUGGUUUUCAGGUGAGAGGAAGCUGGUGACAGGUGACGACAACAGCAUUCUUGUGGUGGACGGAGUUUUGAGGAGGGAGGUAGAAGGAAGAGGAUGGGCUGAAUCAAUGAAGUCAGAAAUAGAUGAAAUUAGUACAGAGAUUGGUAGGGAGAUUUUGGAGGAUUUGGUCAGAGAGGCUUUGCCAGACUUUACUGGUACAUAUUUGUAAUGAGGUGCCUAGCUAGUUUCAUUGCUUCUCUUUUAACGUUUUUCUUUCCUUAUGGCCUCUGUUAAUUACUGUCCUUGUUUUCACUGUAGAAAUGAAGGCCAUUGCAUUGUUUAAAUAUCUAUAUUCCCACAAGCGAUAAUGUUUUAUUAUUCUCUAGUGUUUGAUGAUUGUUCAUACAGCUGUUGGCAAAUGGUAAUGCUUUCCCCUCCA